AACUUCAAACACUUCUGACGUGUGGUGAGGUCUGCAAUGAUCACCAAGUAACAUCGAAGUCSAAUAAAAAUAUCGGCAUUGACAAUCUCAAUCAACCUGUAGUGGAGUCAUUCGUUCAUAAAGGCUACAAAAAGCAACUAUGGUUGAACGCGGAGGAGAAACCAACAUGGAGAAGCUUGAACUAUUAUCACAGACAGCUAUUUUGAAGCAGGGAAUAGAUAGGACUGGUGGCAGUGAGGAARAAAAAAMUAGCAGCGAUGAAAAAUACGAAAACGCAGUUCUAGUUGAUAGCAGCAACCAUAUGGUGACGGGAUUGCCUUCUUUUUCGCACACGCAACAUCUCCUUUCUGCAGCUGUGGCUGCUGGUACUGGUAGUGGAUCUGUUCCUCCAGGUUAUACUGGGGACAAGAGAAACAGAACAAAACCACUUCGACCCUUUCCCGUUGGGACUACAGCAGCGGUUGGUAGGAACAUAGCGAGUCCUGUCUCGACUGAUGGGGAAGACGAAGAAGAACCGGGAGCAAUACURAGAGGCACCUCGACCACUUCGAACAGGAUCAAGCUCAGCACCCAUAAUGCGAAAGCUUGUAUCGUUGAGUCUCGAAGUCCGAUUACAACCCUUGAGUAUGGCCACCAGGUUGCUGUAGGUUCAUCACCUCCGUAUCCUUCCUCUCCUGCGACUUACGGCUUUGGCUUGGUACAAAACCACAGUCAUAGUUUGAACCAGCAUCAGCCGCAGGAACACCAAGAGUAUCAAGUUUCGCUUUAUCACAAUCAACACCGGAGUAUAAUCCGUACCUUAUCCGAAGCUUCCUUCGCACCUCCAUACAGCAACAACGCGAUGGCUGCCAAUUCCCACGCAGGAGCUGCUUCAACGACUAACAGCGAAAUUGGUGCAGCUUUUCAACCUCCGCAACAACAGCAAGCAGCACCACCUCGAUUGGAGUUACAGCCUCGGCACUCUUCAGAAGACAUGGCACGACAAAUCAGGGAACUGAAAGAGCAGUUGUCUGAAAAGGAUGUGCUUGUGUCUACCUUACAAAAUCGAGUCAAUUSUUUAGAGAAUCAGAUCCAUGAACUCCGGCAGCUCCCUACGGGAAAGAUAUCUCAUAUCCCAGUCGAGUAAGUAGUCUGAAAUCGCUUUCUCGCUGUAUCUGAUGAAGCUCGAUCCAAGACAGAUUUUUGGUCCAACGGCGUAUGACGUAUCACUGCAUUGACACUUAUCAUURCUUUCUUUUCUUGCUGACGUUAACGUUGUUAUGCUAUUGUUAUAGUGAUAUGAUUCGUAUAAUGCAAGUGUAUGGAUCAGAAGUCUCGAACCAAACUCUCCCUCAACAACGCAAGCAAAACAUCAAGAAAGCAUCCAUCGUACGCCAAUUCCGUCGCUGGAAUCCCAAUUUCUUCCGAUUUUUCGUUCAYCACAAUGGAGACUGGGUYCCCAAACUAGGAAGRGAAGGAGAACUUAGGCGCCGYGUCGAAAAACGUCGCCUUCUUCUUAUUGCGAAACAAAAUCAGAAUGCCGGCGUUCCAGGCGUUCCAAGAAGCAAAUAGAGCGAACUGGGUCACAUUUCAAAAAUACUCUACUCGAAAGGGGAACAUCAACAUGUGUAGAAACAACAUACAACCCAUACAACACAAAUGAAAGGACUCGAUCAAAGUCUCGCAUCAAAGCACUCGCACACCAUAGAAGAAAACGGGAACAAGUGGAAAGAAAGUCAAGCCCAAUGUGUUACAUGUCAAGAUCUUCCAACUACAAUACAAGCCAUACAUACAUACACCAUACAUACAAACAUAUACCACCGCAACACACACAGAUAUAAAGGAAGACAAGAAACGAUCCGACAAGCAUCUUUAUCUCCAGAGCACCUGGCGUCGUAAAUCACUAUGUCAAUAACAUUCCAAUAUCUUUACACUACCAACAUGACACCCAAGGUCCAAGCAGGGAAACUUUUYGAACCAACGCAUACAACAUAAAACUAAAGUAGAUGU